CUUUUUCUGUUUAAUUUUAGGGAUGAUGACUCUUACUGUUCUUCACCCACGUUGAAGAAAUACUGCACUUUAAUCUCCUGUCUAUGCCAUCAGGCCAACUGAAGACAGGGUUUUAAAAUCUCAGCUAUAGAGAUAUCCAGCCAAAGUCUCAAUCUUGCCUUAACAAUGUUUCAGAGACUGAACAAAAUGUUUGUAGGUGAAGUUGCUACUUCUUCCAACGAAGAACCAGAAUUUAGUGAGAAAGAAGAUGAUGAAUGGAUUCUUGUUGACUUCAUAGAUACUUGCACUGGUUUCUCAGCAGAAGAAGAGGAAGAAGAUGAUGACAUCAGUGAAGAGUCUCCAGCAGAGCACACAUCAGUCUUCUCCUGUUUACCUGCAUCUCUGGAGUGUCUGGCUGAUACCAGUGAUUCCUGCUUCCUCCAGUUUGAGUCCUGUCCAAUGGAGGAGAGCUGGUUUAUCACCCCUCCCCCAUGUUUUACAGCAGGUGGAUUAACCACUAUCAAGGUGGAAACAAGUCCUAUGGAAAACCUUCUCAUUGAACAUCCCAGCAUGUCUGUCUAUGCUGUGCACAAUUCCUGCCCUGGUCUCAGUGAGGCCAGCUGUGGGAAUGAAGAAUAUAACUCAAGCAGUCCCAGAAUGGAAGCCCAAAGUGAAAUUGGGGAGCACAUUCACUGCUGUGUUGCAGCUCUUGCUGCUCAGGCAACGUUUUUGGAACAACCCAAGGGCUUCCGCCCUUCACAAUGGAUAAAGGGACACAGUGAAAGACAGUCUCUGAACAGAAAUGGCCUUCGUCGCCACAACCUUACCAGGGAUUGCCACGCUCGACAAAUGAAGCACAGUGGCUGGGUGGUUCACCACCACUGCCCACGCCAGUAUAAUUACUGAGAACACUGAAUUCUGCUGGUUGGUGUCCUUGGGUUUGUGCCUAUGUAUGUGGAUGUGUGUGCAUACGAUGGAAAUGCUGUCUCUUUCCAGCCAACUGAAGACCAAUUGCCUAGUGUAUCAGUGUGUCUAGACAUUGUCACACCCAGAUUGUUGUGCUGUGUAUCACAUAAUGCCUUGCUCCUGACAACUACUUUAAAAUCCUUUUCAGAAUCUUUUUGGAAACAUAUCAAUACAGUUACAGUGUUUGGGGUGGUCUUUAAAUACAGUGAGGUAUAUAUGAGUUAGUCAGCGUUUAAAGGACAUUUCUUACCCCAAGUAUAAGAAUAGGCAUCUUUUCAAUUUCAUUUAUUUUGUAUUAUUUAAUCUUUUUGUGUAAGCAAAAAUUUAUUCUCAGGGUCAGCCAUAUACUUUAUUGACCAGUACUUGAUAGUCUUUUCUGUAUAUAAUGAGUACAUUUUUAUACACUAACAUGAGCAUUAACAGGUGAUUUUGCCAUGGAUAUAAUGGAAUUGAUGGCUGAACUUACUUUUGAAAGAAAACUUGACGUAUUUUGUAUGUAUGGUUCUUUUUUCCCAGAUUAGUCAUUGCAGUUUAUUGUGGAAUUCAGGUACAUUCUCUUUGGUGAACAAUGCAUUCAGUAAUUCUGAUGUGACUCCUCAAGAUGGUACAGAUACUAGAGCUGUCAUGGACAAAAGCACUUGCCUCCUAUGCCAAGAGAAAAAUGGGAGCUGCAAGGUGAUAUUGGAAUUCUGUCUGUAUGUAGGUAGCCCACAGAGCAGUCAGUAUUUGGAGGUCUCUAGAGUCUUAACUGCCAGCUCAGCUGAGAAUGCACAAGUGCUUGCCCAGGCACUUGAAGACUUUAUGCUCAUGUCUGCCCUGAAGAAAGGAAGAAAGAGAGACAGUGGUAACUCCUCCCAAGGGAAAAGCAUGGGGGACUUGGGUGGUGUCUGUUUAUAGCAUCCAAGUGAAGACUGAUGGAUUGGUUUCCUUGAGCUUUCAUUCUUUUUUAACUUCACAAAAUCUUUAACCACUUUGGCCUCUGUUUCCUCCACAGCAGGGGAGUAAUAAUACUUACCUCCCUCACAGAGUUGUGAGGAUUACAUACUAAUUAGAAGUGGAGCUGUCAGAACUGAACUUUGUGUGAACUUCCAGGGCCUUUCUACUGAACCUAGUGGUGGGAGGCUGUGGCACUUUUUAUGCCAUGAUUAUUAUUCAGGGUUGGUGCUAAUGGUGCAAUGUUCCACUCACAUAGGCCAGUUAACUUGAUGUAAAGGAAAGUCCAUUUUCUUACCUCUAACUGGUCACUUCUUUGUAAGAGCAGUUUUGAUGGAUUUUAAUGAGCCAUCCACACUUGCAACCAACUUUCUGGAAAAUUAAACCCGUGUACUGCUUAAAGUACAUUCUACUGAGAAUACUAUCAUUACCUAUAUAAUCAAACAGCUCACUUCCCUAUCUCCUCUGCAACCCUCAUUAAACACUUGUUCAUGAACUAAUUUCAAGGAAAAGGCAGCAUACUGUUACAUGAAGUAUUGUCCCUGGAGCAGCCUGACACAGGGAAGCUUGGGAGACUUUCAGGGAAGAGCUGCACUCGCUCUCCUCUGACAAGGCUGGGGGUUAGAGCUGCAGUUAGAUGGUGAAGGGUGUUCUUACACUGGCUGUGUAAGUGCCACGAUGGCUCUCUUAGAACAGGAAUCUAGAUUCCUUGUCCUUCCGUAAACCUUUUCCAUAUGGACUUCCCCUUUUAUUUAUUUGUUUUCUAAUUAGGGGCCAAGUCUGUAAAGUUUGUCAAACUGAGAAGUUAUUUGUUACUAUUUGUGUUUUCAUGAAGGUGUGCAUGUUUUAUUAUACCAUGUCUGUUAUAGGAUCAUAUGCUAAUAACUUGAAAACAGAGCAGCUAUGUGUCUUCUGGACACAAGCUUCUAAAUACAUGUAAGCCUUUCCUACCCCUUACAUCACAUGCAAGUUGUGUCUCACAAGCUGGAAGUUCAGCCAUGGCAAUUUGUUUGGCCAGCAUCAACUGAUUUGUGUAUUAAACUACAGUGUUUUUUUUUGUUUUUUUUUUUUUUUUAAACAGCUUUCCCCCUUACUUGUUCAUCCCUUGAGUACAUUUACAUCUCUUUCAGUACUGACUUUUCAUUUGCCUUGUCUGUGCCUAGUAUUUUUGACCUGAAAACCUGAAAACAGAUCAAUUACUGGGAUUUUUUUUUUCUUUAGGAUUAAGAUUACCACGUCACCUAUAGUAGGCAGCACAGUGUGGUUCCUGUGAGAAAAUUUAAAGUCUAUGUCUAAAAUUGGCACAUGUAAGAAUGGAAGAAAAAUUGAAGUUCUUGGUCAUUAGGUGUUUUGUUAGGCAACUACUAUAAGACACAAGUCCAGUAACACAGACCAAUAUGAACCUGUUAAAUGUCUUUUGAAACAUGGCCGGAAUGCAUUUUAUGAGUUGAUUACUCACUGAUUACCAUUAUCAUUAUUUUGCUGUUGUAACAACUUCUAGUGGUUUACAAUGUACUUCAGUGCAUUAAAAGUACAAGCAGUAGGAAGACCCCCAAGGGUUGGGGAUGUGGCUUAGUGGUAUAACUCUUGCUUAGUAUAUGCAACGCGCUGAGUUCCACCCCCAGAACUGUAGAACAAAACAAAGUAAGACUCUCCUGCAUUAGGAGCGCUGACCAUUUCUAAACUGAUAGCCUAGAAUGCUUGGAAAGUCUGGAAUACAUGGUGUACAUCGCCACAUAUCUGGGGUAUGUCUUUUAGCUUUUAUAGUAGACCCCACAUUCCUCGAAGUUUGUGAUUUGUGUUAAAUAAACAUUUAGAGUGUGUAUUCUGUUAAUUACUAUUUCCUGAGUUAUAUUCUGCACUGUAGGAAGACGCUAGGCUCGCCAUACUUAUCUUGUGGCUAUUUGUAUUUGUGUGGUUGGGUAGGUGCAGAGAUGCUAAGAGAUUUGAUUUAUACUUCCCAUUACAGGAACUUAAAAAAAAAAAACCCAAAACUCAUUAAUUUUCUGUAUAUUUUUCCAAUUCCCAUGCAGAUUGUUCCUGUUUUAUCAGUUCUUUGGUUCUAUCAAGAAGAGUGUUUACUUAAAACUUGCCAGGGCCCAUAAGCCUGCCUACUGUUUUUGCUUCUCAAAUCUGUACACUGGUUUUUAGUUUUCACUUUUUUGAUAUCUGAAUUGCUUUGCUAUUUUGCUCCGUCCUCAUAGAAGCAUACAGUCUUUGUAUACACUUUUUUUAAAAAAAGCUAGGCAGGGUAUUGUCUAUUCUCAUUUUCUUUGAGUUGGAAACAAAUAUAAGUAUGAAGGAAGGACUACAACGAGAAGACAGACAUUUAAAUGCAUUUAAUAAAUUAGUGGGAAAAGUUUCUACCAUUUUCAAUUUUAGAGACAGUUAAGAGACUGCUCCUUGUGCUGGGAGAUACUACUAUAUGUCUCUAUUGUUCCCUUGAAGUUAUCUUUUUAUUUUAUAAGGCCUAUAGAUACUAUUAGUUUAAAAUUCUUUAAAGUUAGGUAGUUCCAUGCCAUUAGUCUAUGAUGUAUUAUAAAUGGCAACCCUAUCUACUUAUUAUACGGAAAUUUUACAUGAAUACUUGUCUAUUUAACAAAUCUACACAUAUGACAGUUGUGUCUACUUUGUCAUAGGCCGAUUUCUCUUGAAAUGUGACACCAAUUCAAGCAAUUUAGGUGCAGACACACCAGGAAGUGUCUCCUCUUACUGGCAACAGUAUCCAUUAUGUGGAAGAGAAGUUACUAUUCAGAGGAAGGCAACUUAGUGGAUGAUGUUGUGUGUGUCAUUGAUAAGUUUCCUUGUGAUAUUGAGAAAUGUCUCCAACUGUUAAGUGGCCAGUUUGGCUCUGUACUUUCCUGUUUUAGUAUUGUUUUCUAGGUGGACUUGUAAAAACCAAACAGUGCUUAGGAGGUUAUAUGUGUGUAUUUGGGGGCCUCUCUUGUGUGUUUGUGUGUGUGGUUUCGUUUUCCUCUAGAAGUUUUGAACUUUAGUUAAUAAUUUUAUGUGUUUUUAUUUUUAAAAAGUGGCUUUAUUUCUUUCCUUAGUAAAAUUGUGAACAAACUUGUCUUCUGAAGGCAGGGUAUGAGUUAUGGAUACAGAAAAGUAUUGUAGGUUGUACUGUGUGCCUUUGUAAUGUGUUUAUGGGCACAGUUUUUUCUCUCAUCAACUUGAAAACUUUAAAAGGGACAUUUUGGUUAGGUUAUACAUACUGUAAAUCAAUCUAUGCAUAAAUGGCAGCUUGUUUUCUUGAGCCACUAAUUGUUUUUCUGUUUUUAUAAAUUUUUUUAUACUGAUUGGGUCACAGAUGGUCAGUUUUAUACAGAAUGAACAGCACUUUGCCAAAAACACAUGUAGCAUUGCUUAAACAUUGUGUACUAACACCAGUUCUUUGUAAUGGGUUCAGUAGUGCAUUUUGCACUGCCUGGAGCUAUGUUUUUUUAAUCUGUCAGUAAAUAAAAUGUCCUUUAACUUAA